AUGCGUCGUUUCGUGCAAUAUUUCCCGUCGCGAUUCCCAGCACCAAUUGCCCCUCCUCAUCUCGAGCCUUCGCAAGCGGAGACUGCCAUGAACUCAAGUCAAGGUGCUGACGCGUCCCAGAGCGCGUCCGCUCUCGUAAUCGCCAAGAAAAUCACCAGGAGGACCAGGAAGAAACGACCAAACUUCCGAGAUUAUCACGCCAUGGUCACAAUCAACAUCACCCACGCUGGCCAAAAAGAACCAAGAAAGUUCAUCGUGCACCGGGAUUUCAUCUGCCACUACUCGCCAUACUUCGAUGCCGCAUUUAAUGGAGACUUCAUCGAAGCUCAUACACAAACUCUUGACCUUGACGAGUUCUGGCCGCGCGUCUUCGAACUGUUCAUCAACUGGAUUUAUACGCAAACCCUCUGCGACAAUCGAGGAAAGACUCUCGACAUCUGUUGGAUGGUGCCUUUCACGGAGGAAUGUGCAUUGCGGCACUAUGUUAUCGCCACAUGUGGUGCUAGCCUUCCGGAACUCGAGAAAGACACCGAGUAUCCCAAGGACUUCCUUAUUGACCUUUUCAAUUACGCGAGAACUUCGAGAAGCAUCACUUCGAGUCCGUGGGUUCCACUUGAACCCCAUAUCAUGAAAGGGUUUCUGGUGGAGAGUGAUCCGGGCAGUGCGUCUGUUUUUCGUGCGGUUGGCUCUCAUGGGUCGUAUGAACUAGAAUCUACAGGUUCAGCAGCAGUGGCCUAG